CCAGAGCAUCAUAUGAUCCAGUGAGUCAACUUGAACGCUCCCUAGACACGGACGGGCCCAGUUUUGUCAAUUUUCUAGCUAGAAUCAGCAACAAAAAACUGUCACAAUGCCGACGAUGUGUGGAGGUCUCACCGAGCCAGCUGACGCCGACGAGAAAGUUCAGGGCAUUGCAGACAGUAUGAAGCCCCAUGCAGAGGAAAAAGCAGGGAAGAAGUAUGAUGUUUUCACAGCCAAGAGCUACAGAUCGCAGCUUGUGCAAGGAACCAACUACUUCAUUAAGGUCCAUGUGGGCGGAGAUGAACAUAUUCACCUCCGUGUUUGGAAGAAACUCCCGUGUUAUGGAGGAGAGCUUGAGCUGACUGCUGUGCAGCACGAGAAGAGUCACCACGACCCCAUCGAGUACUUCUAAUGAGAUCACAAACCAAGCCAAGCAUCUCAUCAGUGCCUACAGGCUGCACUCUCAUUUUACUCACUUAGAUUACACAUUGUCACCCAUUCCUAACAUGUAAUAACAUACUGUAUACAUAAUGUAGAUCAAAAUGGAACUGUUUUGUACAAGGUGAAUAAAAAAGAUAAUUGAAUUAA